ACUUAAUACUCUCUCUGUCUUAAAAUUAUUGUCCAGUUUGAGAUUUCACUUUUAGUACAAUUUGAACUAAAAAUAAAAACUUAAACUGGACAAUAAUUAUGAGACAGAGGGAGUAAUUGUUUUAAUUCGGACCUUGUUCCAAAAAAAAAUUAGUCCACAAACGAAAGGAUUAGGAAAAAAGACAGUCGAUCAAAUAAUAAUAAUAAUAAUAAUAAUAAUAAUAAUAUAAUUCCCGGAAGGGGGGGUUUUAUCUUUUGUCGAAUAGCACUUGAUCAGUUUGCUCUUAAAUGAUAGGAACUUCUGCUUCCUUUUUUAUUCUCUUCUCCAAUCUUCACAUCUCCCGGUUUCUCCCCUUUCCUCCAUAAUUCACACCCCAGUUGAAACUGUUCUUCCUCCAUUUUGUUUUGGGGUUUUACUUCUGCUCCCUCAAAUUUCAACUUUAACGACUGUAAAAAACAUUGUUGUUAAUCGACAUAUCAUAAAUAAUCCUCCUCCUCCUCCUCCUCCGUCUCUGUUAGCCUUAGAUAUAGUACUAUAUCAUGCUCCAGAGUUUGUUUUUCUCCCACCACUCCACUAUUCCUGAUAAUAAUACCACCACUACUUCUAAUCCUAUGCAGUCCAAACGUCCCGCCUCCACCGCCGGUCACCACCACCACAUCCACCACCUCGACGACGACGACGACGAUGACGACCGCCCUUCUUCUUCCUCUGCUCCUCCUCUCCUCAAACGCCCCCGCCGCCGCUCUUCUACUCUAUCCCCACACGACGAUGAGGAAGACGAAGGAGGUGUCAACAUCGCCGAGGACCCCCACGGCUCUUCUGCGGCGGCGGCGGCAGCCGGCGGCGGCGUCGGAGGAGGAGGAGAUACAGAGUCAACUGGGCUCCGGCUGCUGGGGCUACUCCUCCAAUGCGCGGAGUGCGUUGCCAUGGACAACCUCGAUGACGCCAGCAACCUGCUACCGGAAAUCGCGGAGCUCUCCUCUCCGUACGGCUCCUCCGCGGAGAGGGUGGCGGCGUACUUCUCCGACGCGCUCUCCGCCCGAAUCGUGAGCUCGUACUUGGGGACCUACGCGCCGCUGACCAUGAAAUCCCAGAGCCAGAAGCUCUUCAACGCCCUCCAGUCAUACAAUUCAAUCUGCCCGCUCAUCAAAUUCUCCCAUUUCACCGCCAAUCAGGCCAUCUUCCAAGCCCUCCACGGCGAGGAUCACGUCCACAUCAUCGACCUCGACAUCAUGCAGGGCCUUCAGUGGCCCGGCCUCUUUCACAUCCUCGCCUCCCGCCCCAGAAAGAUCAAAUCCCUCAAGAUCACCGGGCUCGGCUCCUCCAUGGACCUCCUCGACUCCACCGGCCGGCGUCUCUCCGAGUUCGCCGCCUCCCUGGGUCUCCCCUUCGAAUUCAACCCGGUUGAGGGCAAAAUGGGAAACGUAAAAGACCUGAGUCAACUCGGGGUGGUGAUCGGCGGCGGCGGCGGAGAAGCCGUGGUCGUCCACUGGAUGCACCAUUGUUUAUACGACAUCACCGGAAGCGAUUACGGGACGCUGAGCCUAUUGGGCCUGCUGAGGCCUAAACUGAUCACCAUCGUGGAACAGGACCUGAGCCACGGGGGGAAUUUCUUGGGCCGGUUCGUGGAGGCCCUGCAUUAUUACUCGGCCCUGUUUGAUGCGCUGGGGGACGGGGACGGAUCCGGUGGGGAGAGCGUAGAGAGGCACACGGUGGAGCAGCAGCUGUUGGGUUGCGAAAUCCGAAACAUCGUGGCGGUGGGCGGGCCGAAACGGACCGGGGAGCAGGAGGUGGAGAGGUGGGGGGAGCAGCUGAGUCGGGUCGGGUUCCGGCCGGUGUCUCUGGCGGGUAACCCGGCUGCUCAGGCUAGCUUGUUGCUCGGGAUGUUCCCCUGGAAAGGGUACACACUGGUGGAGGAGAACGGGUGCUUGAAGUUGGGAUGGAAGGAUCUGUCUUUGUUGACCGCCUCCGCUUGGCAGCCGUCCGAUUGAGUCUGAUCGUCUGUGUGUGUGUGGUGGAUGAUCAAUAAGAAUAAUUGAUUGAUUUUGAUCUAUGAUCUUUGAUCGAGUGAUUCAGAAUUUCCCCUGGGACCGAUAUAAUAUUAGAAGACAAUUUUCUAAUGAUGAACAGGAUGAGAAUGACGGGAUUGUAAACACGAGUUCGGAAGUUCAAUUAUCAGAAUACACUAAAACAAAUGCGAAGACGAUAGUAUUUAGUGUAUUGUUGCGUAACAUAAUUGGAGACGUAACAGAAAAUGAUAUAAUGGCAUUUAGGGACAACGCUUUCAUAGAUCAUGGAGAAACAGAAGUUUCUUCUGUUCUUUAUGAGAGGAUUUUUUGGGUUUUAGGUUUUGUUGUCGAAUGUACUUUUUUUUUUUUUUGGUAAAUCGAUUACUGCGGACAACGUCUUUGUGAAUCAGAGUAGAAAAGAGAAUAAAAAGUCGUUCCAAAUUGUAGAAUUUCCUCGUAAUUUUUUUUGUGAACUAUAAGAAUAGGUAGAAAAUAUUCAGCUGCCAAAUUUCCUCAUAAUCUCCCAUAACGGUGAGUCAGUCGAUAAGCCUUUCCGACUUCGAGUAAUUGGCAGCAAACCGGGCUUUUGUAACCUCUCUACCGGACGCCGGUAUUCUUUGAGCAAUAGAAUAUACGUGCGAGAAAAGAAAUGUGAUUCUUUGACCAACAAUGUAGGUACGAGAAAGAAUCCAUCGCAUGGCAAUAGUCAUUCUUACUUUCUAACAACUGAA